GACCGCCACGCAGUCUUCCCGCGCGGUCCGCACGUGUGCCUAGCGUGUCUAUACAGCUCCGCAAACAUUCAAACCGAAUACGAACUAAAUGCUAACAUCGAAGUGCGGCAAUUACUAACAAAAAAAAAACUCUAUGUGUCACCACUUUGUGCCCCGACGUGCUACGUUACAACACUAACGUACUGUGCAACUAUUUCAGUGCUCCGACAAUAAGAACUUUAAUUGUUAUUUCUUACUUCCUCGAUAGAUUAAUUAGAUCUUACAUGGAACCGGAACGUUUUAAAUUAAUGUUUGAAGUUUAUUAGAUGAAUUAAACUGGAUAAAACAUAUGGCGGACACAACGACCUGAAUGCGUCCCGAAAGCCUUGAGACAUCGCUGUCCGGUCCUCGUGAUACCAAGCAAAGCGUGUACGCUAUGAAUGAUCAGACCUUUCAUACGCCAUCUUUUGGAGACGAAGAGUUCGACAUUCCACUGAUGCACGGACAGCAUGCACCAGGUGGCGCUACGCACGUCACACAAAUACAAUACGCACAAAUACACCACUCCGCGCCACAGGUUGGAAUGAUGAAUCCGGCGCAAGAUGGCUUAGCACCACCAGGCGGUGCCCCUUCUUAUCAACAACCUCUCUACUUGCAAGAACCCCACACACCAGUAACAUCACACAGUGGUGCAGGAGCUCCAGCUGGUAAUUAUAUAAUUCAACAACAACCUGGGGGGCAGCAGCGGUUGCUGAUGAUGCAACCAUCUCAAGUGAUGAGCGGCCCACCAACCCCCAGUACUCCAACUCAACCCGGACCUGUCUAUGGGUCACCCCAGCAGGCUUCACCACCGGGAACCACCAGCGAUGAUUCUGAUGACAGUGUACCAUCACAACACUCACAGUUGCCUGGUGAUGCGGAAAGCCUUCUGCCGAUCCAUUAUUGCUCAGCGAGCCGGCAGCAACAAACUACGCUUCAUCAGAUGGGAGUCAGUAACAUAGGUGUUAAAAGGUCAUCCCCUGAACCAAUGGACAAUGGUAUCAAUCGGGGACAAAUGCAAAAGAAACCAAAAGUUCAAAAAAAGAAAAAGAAACGGGACCCUAACGAACCUCAAAAACCGGUCUCUGCAUAUGCCUUAUUUUUUCGUGAUACUCAAGCUGCUAUCAAAGGUCAGAACCCUAAUGCAAGUUUUGGUGAAGUAUCCAAAAUUGUUGCAUCAAUGUGGGAUGGGCUAGAUUCCGAACAUAAAAGUGUUUACAAACAGAAAACAGAAGUAGCGAAGAAAGAAUACCUUAAGGCACUAGCUGCAUAUAGAGCUAGCCUUGUUUGUAAGGGAGGAGAACAAGAAAACCAAGUGAUGUAUAAUCACUCUAAUACCAAUUCUUCAUAUGGUAACUACUACCAAGGGCAAAACUAUGGCAAUGGACAUACUCCGCAAGGCUAUGUACCAAAUUCUACGCCACAGACAUUUUCAUCACAAAACUAUACAGGAGGACAACCUCAAACUGCAUACCAGGGACAAACUGGACCUGCUUACCCUCCAAAUGCACAACAAUCUUCACAAAAUUACCAGGGAAAUAUGGGACACCCUCCCCCGCAAGCAUAUCAAGGGGUUCCAGGACAAAAUCCUCAGGGUUAUCAAGUAAACACUGCAGCAUCACCUCAAGCUUGCCAGCCGAGCAUCGCCCAGUCGCCGAGGAGUUACCAGCCGGCUCCCUCACCCAAUAACUUCCAGUCACCGCCCGGUGUCUCUCCCCCCGGCUACAGGCAGAUACAGACACAGUCCCCACCCAUGGGGCCCGCUCACACCGCUAUGCAGUACCACCACAACCAACAGAUGCAGCAAGUUCACCAAGUACAGCAAUAUCAGCAACAGCAAUUACAUCAUCAGCAGCAACAGCAGCAACACCAACAACAACAGCAGCACCAACAACAACAGCAGCAACACCAGCAGCAACAACAACACCAGCAGCAGCAGCAACAACAACAGCAGCAACAACAUCAGCAACAGCAACACCAGCAACAUCAGCAGCAGCAACAACAGCAUCAUACACAACAUCAGCAGCCACCUCAACAACAGAACGCUAAAGUUAAAAAUGAACCACUAUCACCAAGCAACAAUGGCAACCCUGGUGGCAUGCCCCAACAAUCUCCCGAGCAAAGCGAAGGGCGAGGCGUGGCGUCGUGCAUCAGACAGGGAUGCACCAACCCCGCAAUUGCUAACAGUGAAUGGGAAGAUGAGUAUUGCUCCAAUGAGUGCGUCGUCAGCCACUGCAGAGAUGUAUUCAGCUCAUGGGUGGCAUCCAACACAAACAACCAAAUCCAAAACUUUUCUGCAGUGAAAUAAAUAAAUCCACAUAUCUGGCUAUAUUGUAAUGAUAAUUAUAACUUUGCUAAAAUUAGCAUAUUUUAUUUAAUCGUUAAAAAUAUUUAUUAAUUCAAUGUUGCAACACUUGUUUUGAUGUUCGCGGUUGUCAGAUUAAAUGUAAAAACUAUUCAUUUUAAAUAAUUUUCAUUACUUUAAGAUAGAAAGUGAUACUUCUUUGUAAUUGUAGUGAACUUAUGAAUUUCAUAUAAAAAAUAAUCAUUGUAUUGUAAACAUUGUUACUUUUAGGAUGUAAUAUUCAAUAAAGAAUAAUUGUAUAAAAAUAUUUGGAAGAUAAAAGAUAUUCUUAAAUGUAAGGCCAUAUGAGAAUUGAUUCUCCAAUACUAUAAUAAAUGUAUCUCCGGCAGUGUUGCCACAUUUAGAUAAGUAAUUACAUUUCUCAAGAAUCAAUAAUUUUCUAUCAUAUGAAAUUUUAAUUUAGUAAUUUUACUUUAAACAUAUGUAAUUUUUGUACAAGCUUGUUAUGUUCCUUUAUUUUAGUGCCGUACGUUUUUAGGAAAGUAAGUAAAAAACGUCGUUUUACCACAUUGUGUUUUAUUAUUAUUGCUAAUACUUGAAAAACAGGAUUAUUAGGCGUAUUUCAAAACGACAAAUUAGUUUCUAACUCUUUAGUCUCACUCUGCUAUAGCAUAAAUAAAACCGUGGUCUAGCAAUCUCAAAAGUAUUUUUCAAAUAAUGGUAUUUUGUAUUUAUUAGUAUUAUAAUUAAUUUGUAUCGUCUACGAAAGAUUGAUGGUAGUUAGUGUGACUUAGUAUUUCGCCUUAAUUAUAACCUAUAAAGGUAUAAACUGUUCAUUUAUAAGAUAGACCAACAUUCAAGUGUUGAAAAUUAUAUCAUAAUUGAGUUGUAGUUCUUUUCAAAUAUCUUGCCGGUCUAUUAGCAUCCUGCUCCACCUAAAAUUGCGUAGCGAUUCGCGCGAACUUCAGAGCCGUUAAGAUAUUUGAAAACAACUAUACAUAGGAUGAAAAUGGUAGUAAAAUUGUAGACAUUAUCUCAAGAAACACUUUUGUCAUUUAUAUAAUUCCAUAUGAUUAGUAAUUUUUAAGCAUUUCACUGUUAUUAUUGAAAUUAAUAGUAAUGUACUCGACAUGUCUUGAUAAUUUUUAAUUAGGUACUUUAAUUGAAUAAAUUGUAUAUCUUGAGUGAGAUUAGUAAAUGAGUGUAUACCACUGUAACCCUUAGCUCGGCCACUUUAUGUAUACUCUAACAAUUAUAUUUCAUACAUAGCAACAUUUUUGUCGUUAUAAAUAACUUUGAAAGAAAAAACUUAUAUUUUGCGUAAAAUAUAAUAUUUUACUGCAAAAGUGAUUACAGUAAUGAAAAUGUAAAGCAAUAGCAAUGAAGCAAAAUGUGUCUUUGUGUAUAUACAGGCUAAGGUAUAUUUAUAAAUAUGCAUUUAAAUUUUUAUAGUAGAAUGUGAUAUGUAUCAAUUUGAAUUGAUGUUGUUGAUAUAUUUUAAUAUCUCGAUUUGCAUGAAUAAAUUAAGCAUGUUUUCUCCUAUAUUUAGAAGAAACCUAUAAUGUACAUUGUAAAAGCUACAUUCUACUCAUUCCUAGAAAUCGUGCUUAGCAUAGGAUUUAGCUGGACCAAAAUUUCCUUUAUAUUCAAUGCGAUCGUAGUAUAUAAAGAUACAUAAAAUCUCCUUUUAACGUAUUUUCAUUAAAUUUUUACGACUGUAUAUAAAUAUCUGCAAUAAUAGUUAUAACAGUAGUUAGACCGUCGUAAGUCUUUUGAAUUAAUUUGUAAUUUAUAUAGUAGUCACCCUAGAUUACUAUCUAAGAGCAAAUUCUCUUUAUUGAAUGUAAUAUAAUAAUGUAUAAAAUGUAAUUAGAAUGAUUUCAUUAAAUUUCCUAAUCAGUA